AGAAUUUACGCCACCCACAACCUCACCGUCCACGCAUGAUGGAAAGACGUUCCCAUAAAUCAACAUUGACAAAUAAAUUCAUUCUCAUUUAUCAAUAAUCCAAAUUUUUGUCCAAACUAAACUUGGAAUUAUCAACCAACAAUUUAUAUACUUUUUAUUUAUUUUCCUUUGUCAAGUUGUCAGGCGAAAACAACAGAAUCAUUAAUCUCCAAGGAAGAAUAAAAUGGUGAGCUUUUCUUAAUAGGCCUUAACUUACGUUUCAUCUCUCUCUUUCUUCCAUUUCUAGCAUCACACUUUGGAAAGUUUUGAUGAUUGGAUUGGGAUUGCACCAUAAAGGGUAAAAAGUAAAUACAACAUUUUCAAAGAUGUCUGGGUUUGAGGGUGUAAUUGUUUCUGAUCCCCGGUUGCAAAGUCAAUUUACCCAAGUGGAGCUUCGCAGCCUCAAGUCUAAGUUCUCUGCAUUAAAAUCGCAAUCUGGUCAUGUUACGGUGCUGGAUUUGCCACCGGUUUAUGCAAAACUUAAGGGUAUCAAUGGAAUGUAUACGGAGAAUGAAGUGAGAGCUGCAUUGGAGGAUUCAUAUCCUGACUUGACACACGAGAUUGAUUUCGAAUCUUUCCUAAGGGAAUAUCUUGGUUUUCAAGGCAGAGCUAGUGGGAAAGGUACUGGUUAUAAACGAGCUUCUUCAAUCCUCAGACAAUCAACCACAACCCAUUUCCAUGUCAUUAGUGAAUCAGAGAAGGAAUCAUAUGUUACACAUAUUAACAAUCAUCUGGCGGAGGAUCCUUUUAUGAUAAAAUAUCUACCUAUAGACCCAAAAACAAACCAGCUAUUCGAACUUGUUAAAGAUGGAGUUCUUCUUUGUAAGUUGAUAAAUCUUGCUGUGCCCGGGACGAUAGAUGAAAGAGCAAUAAACACCAAAAAAACGCAAAAUCCUUGGGAGAGAAAUGAGAACCAUACACUUUGUCUUAAUUCUGCAAAGGCUAUAGGCUGCACAGUUGUUAACAUUGGCACACAGGACUUGGUGGAGGGACGACGCCAUCUGGUUAUGGGAUUGAUUUCUCAAAUUAUUAAGAUUCAAUUGUUAGCUGACCUCAAUUUGAAGAAGACGCCUCAACUUGUAGAGUUGGUGGACGACAAUCAGGAUGUGGAGGAGCUCAUGAAUUUGCCUCCAGAUAAGGUCUUGUUGAAAUGGAUGAACUUCCAGCUGAAGAAAUCAGGAUAUAAAAAGGAAGUGACAAAUUUCUCCACUGAUUUGAAGGAUGGAGAAGCUUAUGCUCAUUUACUUAAUGUUCUUGCACCUGAACAUAGUACCAACUCUACUUUGGAAACUAAAGAUCCAACUCAAAGAGCAAAAUUAAUUGUGGAGCAAGCAGGGAAAUUGGAUUGCAGUAGAUAUAUCAGUCCAAAGGAUAUUGUAGAGGGAUCAACCAAUUUGAAUCUUACAUUUGUUGCUCAAAUCUUCCAGCACAGAAAUGGUCUGACUGCUGAGGUUGAUACCGAGAAGAUCUCCCUCACUAAUGUUUUAGAUGAUGACUUGGAAACUUCGAGGGAAGAGAGGUGCUUUCGACUCUGGAUUAAUAGUCUCGGAGUUUCAACAUAUGUCAAUAAUUUGUUUGAGGAUGUUAGACCAGGGUGGGUUCUUUUGGAAGUGCUGGAUAAAGUUUUCCCAGGAUCAGUUAACUGGAGACAUGCCAAUAAACCUCCUAUCAAGAUGCCAUUCAAGAAAGUUGAAAACUGCAAUCAAGUCGUUGAUAUUGGAAAAAGAUUGAACUUCUCUCUAGUUAACGUUGCUGGAAAUGAUAUUGUACAAGGAAAUAAAAAGCUCAUUAUAGCGUUGCUGUGGCAGUUGAUGAGGUUCACAAUGCUCCAACUACUGAAAAAUUUAAGAUCUUUCUCACAAGGGAGAGAGAUAACUGAUGCACAUAUCCUUGAAUGGGCAAACAAAAAGGUCAAGAGUUCCGGGAAAUCUUCUCAAAUAGAUAGCUUUAGGGAUAAAAGUCUAUCUAGUGGGAUAUUUUUCCUGGAACUUCUUAGCGCAGUGGAGCCAAGAGUGGUUGAUUGGACAGUUGUAACCAAAGGCGAAAAUGACGAGGAUAAGAAGCUGAAUGCUUCAUACAUAAUUAGUGUUGCCAGAAAGCUUGGAUGUUCUAUAUUUUUGUUGCCUGAAGAUAUCAUAGAGGUAAACCAGAAGAUGAUACUCACCUUAACAGCAAGCAUCAUGUACUGGAGCCUUCAGAAAAAACCGGGCCAGUUGGCUGUUCUUGAAGAAAGUGAAGAUGCUUCCCCGACCGCUCCUGAAGAUUCAUCUGACCCUGAUGAGGCUUCCCCAUCUGCUGCCCAGGCAUUCCAAUCACAAGAAGAAGACCAGCCAGAGGAGGAUUGAUGUUAAUGCAGCAAAUAUGCCUCAAAUCUUGUUCUUUUAUGGGCGUAGUUGUAAAACAAAACAAAUUAUACAAAAGAAUCAGAAUUCAGAAGGAAAGUGAAUCCAAUUUUGUUAUGGAUAUAGGAAAACGCACUUGUUUUUCACAAUGCUUCUAAACAAUAGAAAAGGAAAGUAGUAUUGCUCGUGUAAAUUUACUUAAAAAGUUUUGAGGAUGAAAUAUACAUAUACCAAAUACAUUGUGGCAACAAUUAUUAUAUUUGAUUAUGUAAACGCACAAA